GCAAAGAAUUCUGGGAUGUCUGACAGUGAAAUGGAUGGAAAGACCCACAUUCCAUCUCUACUUAAUGUCCUUUUGUCCAGAAGUCGGGUCAUGCACAUGAGCUACUUGAAAAGUAAAGAAAAAGGAUAUGGAAAACUAAGCAGUGAUGAAGACCUGAAAAUAAUUGUUGAUCAAAAGCAGGGAAAAGGCUCUAGGGCGGCAGAUAAGGCUGUUGCCAUGGUGAUGAAGGAGAUACCGAGGGAGGAGUCUGCUGAAGAAAAGCCCCUCCUUACUAUGACAUCACAGCUGGUGAAUGAACAGCAAGAAAGCAGACCCCUCCUGAGUCCCUCCAUCGAUGACUUUCUCUGUGAAACCAAAUCGGAGGCAAUAGCAAGGCCAGUAACGUCCAACACAGCCGUAUUGACCACAGGUUUAGAUCUCCUUGACCUGAGUGAACCCGUCUCUCAAACCCAAACCAAAGCCAAGAAGUUGGAGGCCUCAUCGAAAACCCCAUCCCUCAAGAAAAAGGCUGAUGGGCCUGACCUCAUCAGUGCGGAUGCUGAGCAGAGAGGCCAGGCUCUCCGAAACUCAGAGACGGCAUCCCUAGACUUAGACAUUCAAACACAACUGGAAAAAUGGGAUGAUGUUAAGUUUCAUGGAGAUCGAAAUAGCAAGGGACAUCCCAUGGCAGAGAGAAAAUCAAGCUCAUCUAGAACUGGAUCAAAAGAACUUUUAUGGUCCUCAGAGCACAGAUCUCAGCCAGAACUGAGUGGUGGGAAAAGCGCUCUGAACUCUGAGACGGCUGCGGAGCUGGAAUUGGUGCCUCCAACACAGGCUCGACUGACCAAAGAACAGCGCUGGGGAAGUGCAUUGCUUUCCAGAAACCACUCCUUAGAAGAGGAAUUUGAAAGGGCAAAAGCAGCAGUGGAGUCAGAUACAGAGUUUUGGGAUAAGAUGCAAGCAGAAUGGGAAGAAAUGGCCCGGAGGAACUGGAUAUCGGAGAACCAAGAAGCCCAGAACCAGGUUACAAUCUCAGCUAGCGAGAAGGGAUAUUACUUUCACACUGAAAACCCCUUCAAGGACUGGCCUGGAGCAUUUGAAGAAGGCUUAAAAAGGCUGAAGGAAGGGGACCUGCCAGUUACCAUCCUGUUCAUGGAGGCAGCAAUUCUUCAGGACCCUGGAGAUGCAGAGGCAUGGCAGUUCCUCGGGAUAACCCAGGCAGAGAAUGAAAAUGAACAAGCAGCUAUUGUCGCCCUCCAGAGGUGCUUAGAAUUGCAGCCCAACAACUUGAAAGCUUUGAUGGCUUUGGCUGUGAGUUACACUAACACCGGACAUCAGCAGGAUGCCUGUGAAGCUUUAAAGAAUUGGAUUAAGCAAAAUCCAAAGUACAAAUACCUUGUGAAGAGCAAGAAGGGAUCUCCAGGCCUCACCCGGCGGAUGUCUAAGUCUCCUGUUGAUAGCUCUGUUCUGGAAGGAGUGAAGGAAUUAUAUCUAGAAGCUGCCCACCAAAAUGGAGAUAUGAUCGACCCAGACCUACAGACAGGUCUGGGGGUACUGUUCCACCUGAGUGGAGAAUUUAAUAGAGCAAUAGAUGCAUUUAAUGCUGCCUUAACUGUUCGGCCAGAGGACUAUUCAUUAUGGAACCGCCUCGGGGCGACCUUGGCAAACGGAGACCGCAGCGAGGAAGCCGUGGAGGCCUACACACGAGCGCUGGAGAUUCAGCCAGGCUUCAUCCGGUCCAGAUACAACCUGGGGAUAAGCUGCAUCAACCUGGGCGCCUACAGAGAAGCGGUCAGCAAUUUUCUCACUGCCCUCAGUUUGCAAAGAAAGAGCAGGAAUCAACAGCAAGUUCCUCAUCCUGCAAUCUCUGGGAAUAUCUGGGCUGCCCUCAGAAUUGCCCUUUCUCUGAUGGACCAACCGGAACUCUUCCAGGCAGCUAAUCUCGGUGACCUGGAUGUCCUCCUAAGAGCUUUCAACUUGGAUCCUUGAAGGAAAAGGAAAAAAAGAAUCCCUGAUCUGUGUAAUUGUACUGAGAAAUGCAAAACUAUUUCAUUAUGAAUUCCAAAAAGGAUAAAACGGAUGUUCAAAAGGCUAUGGUGAUAUAACCCAAGGGAAUUCCUACAGACAAUGCCCAGUCUCUGUUCAGAUCCAAAAGCACAAAACAUUAUAUAGUCAAGUUUGGGCUCAGAAGAAGAAUUGAUAGACACAAACCAAGAUUAAGUAACUGUGUGAAUACUCUUCACAAGCUGCAAGCAUAUUGCAAGUUCUUUGAGGUUUUGUCCCCACUUGCAGCUGAUGACACAUCUAAGGAACUUGCUCAUGGGACACCUGGAUAAAGCACUGCCUUGGAUCAGGGAAUUGUGUUUCUGAACUGUCCCCUGAAAUUCCCCCUUUUACCAGAUUGAACAUAGUUUGGGCCAAGGUGCAUGCACAUAUAUUAACUCUUGACUGAAGAGAGGCAUUGCUUAAACCUGUUCCAAUUUUAACUUUUAUUGUUGCCCUUUGAUUCCAGAGAGGGAGCUUUGCUGGCAAAAGCCGUUUUUGCACUAGAAAUUUUUGCUCUUCCCAAUCAAAACUUUUCUGGGAUUGUAUAUAUGCACUUUAAUAUUUAUGCCUUGCUGGAGUUUUGUUGCUCCAAUUUUUAACUUGGAGGUAAAAGAUUAGAGAACUCAGCCUUGUUUGAUCAACGGACCAAAUAACAAUUCCUGAAAAUAGUUUUUCAUAGCGUAGGGUUUUGAAGGAACGUUUUUCUUAAAGCAGAUAUGACAUAGGGUGUAGUAUGUCAAACACAGAUCGUAUUCACAUGCUUUUCUGGGACUGUAUGAACUUAAGCAAGAGAUAAGGUAGUAUCUCUUCACAAGUUCUGUGCAGGAAGAAAGUUUGAUGAUAUUGUGAUUUCUACUGAGUUAACAUUAACUUGCUUAAAUGUCGUAUUUUCCUUGCUUUCUAACUGCUCUGCACAGUUAAUAUUCCUUUUAAAUUGUUAACAUUUUAAAUAGUAUUUAAGAGUGAUAAAUACAUCUUUUCCUUAAAAUUAUGUGUUUUCUUAGUUCCAUAAUAAUCUGCACUGCUCAUCCUUUUGCAUUCUAAGUGAUAGAAGAUCAAUAUUUUCUAGCUGAACCUCACUGAAUGUCAGUGGUUUAAUAUGAAAGAUGCAUGCCUGGCUUUCACUUUGAACAUUUGUCAAGCAUCGGGAAUUUUCUGCUGGCAGUGAUGUUUAAUUGGUUAUAUUCCACUCAGUUCUUCAGAGCAUUUUGUGCCUGUUGGGAGUUUGGGGAUUAGUUGGAAAGACACCAUUUUUUAAAGAAUUAGAAAAAUUGUUUGCAAAAUGGUAACCAAAAUGUAAUUUCACUGAUGGUCCAAUUCUAGUAAUUUAUCCUGGGAAGUUGUCUCAUUCUUCUUUAUUGUAUCUCCUUCCUUCUUCCAGAAUCUUCCCCAAAGCAAUCUGAUCCCAACUUUUUCUUCAUAUUCUUUGGUUAGUAAUAGCUGGUUACAUUCGUGAUUAUAGUUACCCUGCAAAACAGCAAUUGGGUCAAGAGUAUAAUUGACUGCAGAGUUAGCUUCUACUGGGAGAGGGGAGAGGAAAUGUAUAUACAUGCUGAGACAUCGAACUCCAGGUACAGGCAGAAAUCCUCUCUUCCGUUAUGUUGGAAGUCUCGGGGGGUAGGAAGGGGUCCCAGGGACACAUGAAACCACAAGUACUUGAGGCUUCUAUACAUCAUAACCUAUUCUAGUUUAUAAAGACAAAGAGUUGAGGGCACUAUGGUGGUGCCAGGCAUUUAUCUUCAUGUCAAAGCCCACCUGGGCUAGGUGAUGCCUCCAGCUGGCCAGCAGGAGGCAGGGCAUUAAGGCAUUUACUGUUGGGCAGGAGUCACAACCCAGGCUUGGCCUCCUUCACUGAAGUCUGAGAAGCAAGAUAAAGCUCAACAAUAUUUUCUAAAGAAUAAAUGGUAUCCUUUAGAAUUUUAGCAUCUUAGAAACUCAGUCUGGGGAAGGACUCUUGGGGCCCAGUCUCCAACCCAUGACAGCUGCCUGCUUGAAUAUCCCUGAUAUAAUAGCAUCCAUUCUGUGCAUGUCCCUCCUUCCAAUCCCUGUGCAUUCACUGGCUGGCCAGCUGACAUGCAUCCAUCAUAGUCCAUUAGGAGCAAACUUUAUAGGUGUUCUAUUUAUGAUGUCAUGCUAUACUUUCAACAGUCACUGAAUUUUGCAAUAACGAUAGGCUGUUUUCUUAGCCUUGCUGGCACUACCUACAUGAGAUCAGUAACAAUUUAAAGACUGACAGUAGGGUAAAUGUGGGAUGUUUUGAUUUGAUUGUUGCUAAGUGGUGGCAAAUUUUGCUGCCCAAGUUUUAUUUUGCUUUUGGAAUACAAAGUAACUUCAAGCUCCAAAGAGUUGUGUUAGAGGAGACAACCUUCCAUUCCCAUCGUAAUUUGGUAAUGUGCAGAGCAUUCAGUAAGAUUUUCUGCAAGACACCUGUGUAAGUCAGAACCAAGAUUUUCAUAGGCUGUUAACCUGUCAAGAAGUGCAGAAUUGUUGCCCAAGGAGGUUUUCAAUACUUUUUAAAAAAUUGACGUAUAGUUGAUUUACAAUGAUCUGUUAGUUUCUCCUGUACAGCAAAGUGAUUGUUAUACAUAUGUAUACAUCCUUUUUUUUUUUUUUUUUUUUUGUGUGUGUGGUACGCGGGCCUCACACUGCCGUGGCCUCUCCCGCUGCGGAGCACAGGCUCCGGACGCGCAGGCCCAGCGGCCAUGGCUCACGGGCCCAGCCGCUCCGCGGCACGUGGGAUCCUCCCAAACCGGUGCGCGAACCCGGCUCCCCUGCAUCGGCAGGCGGACGCGCAACCACCGCGCCACCAGGGAAGCCCCCCCCCCUUUUUUUUGUGGUAUACAUUCUUUAUAUCCUUUGCCAUUAUCAUUUAUCACAGGGUAUUGAAUAUAGUUCCCUGUGCUAUACAGUAGGACCUUGUUGUUUAUCCAUUCUACAUAUAAUGGUUUGCAUCUGCUAACCCCAACCUCCUAAUUUAUCCCUCUCCCACCACCUCGCUUUGCAACCACAAGUCUGAUCUGAGUCUGUUUCUCUUUUGAUUUGUAUCUUUUCCUGUUUUUUUUUACUUUUUAUUUUAUGGUGGAGUAUAGUUGAUUAACAAUAUUGUGAUAGUUUCAGGUGUACAGCAAGUGACUGAGUUAUACAAGCACAUGUAUCUAUUUUUUUUCAAAUUCUUUUCCCAUUUAGGUUCUUACAUAAUGUUGAACAGAGUUCCCUGGGCUAUACAGUAGGCCCUUUCUGGUUAUCCAUUUUAAAUACAGCAGUGUGUACAUGUCAAUCCCAAACUCCCUAACUAUCCCUUCCUCCCCUUGUGUCAUAUUUUAGAUUCCACAUAUAACUGAUAUCAUAUGGUAUUUGUCUUUCUCUGAUUUACUUCACUUUGUAUGAUAAUCUCUGUGUCCAUCCAUGUUGCUGCAAAUGGCAUUAUUUCGUUCUUUUUUUAUGGCUGAGUAGUAUUCCACUGUUUACAUGUAACACAUCUUCUUUAUAUGGACAUUUAGGUUGUUUCCAUGUCUUGGCUAUUGUGAAUAGUGCUGCUAUGAACAUAGGGGUGCAUGUAUCUUUUUGGAUUAUAGUCUUCUCUGGAUAUAUGCCCAGGAGUGGGAUUGCUGGAUUGUAUGGUAACUCUGUUUUUCAUUUUUUGAGGAACCUCCAUACUGUUCUCCAUAGUGGCUGCACCAACUUACAUUCCCACCAGCAGUGCAAGAGGGUUCCCUUUUCUCCACACCCUCUCCAGCAUUUGUUAUUUGUAGAUUUUUCAGUGAUGGCCAUUCUGACCAGUGUGAAGUGGUACCUCAUUAUAGUUUUGAUUUGCAUUUCUCUAAUAAUUAGUGAUGUUGAGCAUCUUUUCAUGUGCCUGUUGGUCAUCUGGAUGUCGUCUUUGGAGAAAUGUCUAUUUAGGUAUUCUGCCCAUUGUUCGAUUGGGUUGUUUCUUUUGUUGUUGAGUUGUAUGAUCUGUUUGUACAUUUUGGAAAUUAAGUCCUUGUUGGUCAUAUCACUUGCAAAUAUUUUCUCCUAGUCUGUAGGUUGUCUUUUCGCUUUGCUUAUGGUUUCCUUUGCUGUGCAAAAAUUUAUAAGUUUGAUUAGAUCCUAUUUGUUUAUUUUUGCUUUCAUUUCUAUUGCUUUGGGAGACGGACCUAAGAAAACAUUGGUACGAUUUAUGUUAGAGAAUGUGUUGCCUAUGUUCUCUUCUAGGAGUUUUAUGGUGUCACAUCUUAUAUUUAAGUCUAUAAGCCAUUUUGAGUUUAUUUUUGUGCAUGGUGAGAAGGUGUGUUCUAACUUCAUUGAUUUACAUGUGGCUGUCCAUCUUUCCCAGCACCACUGGUUGAAGAGACUUUUUUCCAUUUUAUAUACUUAUCUCCUUUGUCAAAGAUUAAUUGACCGUAGGUGUGUGGGUUUAUUUCUGGCCUCUCUAUUCUGUUCCAUUGAUCCCUAUGUCUGUUUUUGUGCCAAUACCAUGAUGUUUUGAUUACUGUAGCUUUGUAAUAUUGUCUGAAGUCUGGGAGGGUUAUGCCUUCUGCUUUGUUCUUUUUCCUCAGUAUUGCUUUGGCAACUCUGGGUCUUUUACAGUUCCAUAUACAUUUUAGGAUUAUUUGUUCUAGUUCUGUGAAAAAUAUCAUGGGUAAUUACAUAGGGAUCACAUUAAAUUUGUAGAUUGCUUUGGGUAGUAUGGCAAUUUUAACAAUAUUAAUUCUUCUAAUACAAAAGCAUGGGAUACCUUUCCUUCAAUAAUACUUUUUUUGAAUUUUUAUUUUAUUUUAUUGGAGUAU